AUGAACAUCACCGGUGCAGCUGGUACUCGCAUACUGGGUGUGAGCCGUAAUGCUAAAGUUGCAGAUACAGUUGAGGGAAACAAUUGGAAGAUCAGAAGAAUUCGCGGCAUUCAACUCCAAGAAAUGAUGCUACAAAUCCGACAAGCACCAACGCCAACCAUCGCAGCAGGUUGUGACCGCGUGCUUUGGAGGCAGGGGCCUGGAAAAUAUGCAUGA